AUGAAAGAGAAGCAGUCGGGAGCAAGCUGGAGGCCCGGCACGGCAGGCCAUGUAAAAGGCAGGCGGGAUCCAGGCCAUAGAAGUACGGGAACAGGCAAGCCAGUAGGAGCCCCAGAAAGGCGAACAUUAACCGACGGACAGGGAGGAGCGGGGAUAGGGUUGCUACCGGUCGGACUACGAAAACAGAGCCCAUUCCGAAAUAGACAGAUAAGGGCAAACACGCACGCUGGUUUUGAAGGAAGUAACCCAGUAGGCCGAUCUCGGAAGAACCAUUUCAACCAAAAUUUUCAGAAUAUCCUCAGUGCAUGCCGAACGCAACGACCGAGUAUCCUAGCCCAAGUGCCGCCCGUUGCAAGCUACACGGUGGUGGUUGAGUGCAUCUGUUGUUUGGCUUUUGCAGCUAAUAUCCUUCUUCUUGUGGUGUUCAUCGUCUCCUCUUCGAAAACACUCACCUGUAAAUACUUCCUUAUUCUAUCGAUCACUCAAAAUCUUGUCUCUUCCGUCACUUUCUUCUUUAUGGCACCGAAGGCAAUAUCAUUCGAUAGGACAUUUCUCCUUGUUUCCACUGGAAGAGGCGGUGAAUGGAUGAUUGGUCCGUUUGUCUUGUUGCUUUACAGCAUGACAUUUGUUUCGUCUAUAAUUUUCGUUACGAAUAGCUUUGUCUACAAAUACUUUCAACUGUGCAGGCCAUGGUCUUCAACGAUCUACACUUCGACAAAGUGGUUACUGUUAAUUGGGCUUGUCAACUUUGCUAUAGUAGUCAAUUGGAUACUUAUGAAUAUAUUUUGUGGAUGGCCGAGCAUUGAGUUCGUCCGAUUCGUAAGAGAUUCGGUAGUAAAAUCUCACAAUUUCGACGUUAUUAAUGCUACGUUUAUGGGAAUUUCUUUCAAUCAUGGCUUGACGGCGAAAACAACUGUUUUGCUGGUGGAAGCAUUAGUUUUGAUAGUGGUGGUCGGAUGCGUCGGUCUCAUAUGUGCCGUGAGAAUCCAUCUAUUUCUCGCAAGGCUCACAACCGGGAUCCACAUACGUCAAAGUCAUCAACAACUACUCACCUUAUUGCUUUUGCAGACCGCGUGUCCAGUGUUUCUACUUCACACCCCACUCUAUACGAUGUAUGUUCUACUGUUCACUGGUGCUAGAUCACCGCAUGGACUGAGCAUCAUCAUUGGAAUAUUGAUGGCUCUCUUCCCAUUGAUAAGUCCGCUAAGUGUAUUAGUAUUUGUCAAAGAUUAUCGCGAGUUCAUUUUCUGCAAAUUAUGCAGCAUACAAUGGAAGAAGUCUGAGGCACCGUUGACGAGACGGGCAUCUGUGUGCGGUGCUGAUGAAUCCGAUCUUCUGACUAUACGCAAAGUGUCCAGUAAUCUGUGA